CACGAAGAAGACAUCACGUUCAUGGUGCUGGAGGAAUCCACCGCAGACAUCAUCCUGGGACGCCCCUGGCUUAACCUCCACCAACCUCACAUCCAUUGGCCCACUGGCGAGAUCCUGAAAUGGGGAAUGUCCUGCCAUCAUACCUGCAUCACUCCUCCAGCUAAAAUCCCCAAGGUCAGUCCUCCCUUAAGGAAGUCUUCCCUACCGGUCCAGUCCACAUCAGUGGAGAGCCCCGACACGAAGAUGGAUCAUAUCAUCCCUCCUGAAUAUCGGGCGUUCCAGGAUGUGUUCAGUAAGCAGUUGGCAACGAAGCUACCACCUCAUAGGCCAUGGGACUGCGCCAUUGACCUCCUGCCUGGAGCAACCCUUCCUAAAGGACGAAUCUAUCCCCUGUCCAUCCCGGAGCAGAAGGCCAUGGAGGAGUAUAUACAGGAAGCCCUCGCUCAGGAGUUCAUCCGGCCAUCUACUUCCCCUGCCGCUUCCAGCUUCUUCUUUGUGGCCAAGAAGGACGGAGGCUUGAGGCCGUGCAUCGAUUAUCGCCACCUCAAUUCACAAACCGUCAAAUUCAGUUAUCCUCUUCCCCUGGUCCCAGCGGCGUUGGAACAACUACGCGGAGCCAGGAUCUUCACGAAACUGGACUUGAGGAGCGCCUACAACCUAAUCCGCAUCCGGAAGGGGGACGAAUGGAAGACCGCUUUCAUCACUCCUUCUGGGCACUUUCCACUGAAGAUAAAACAGUUCUGGACCAGAGAUGACUUCUCGUUCACUCUUAACACAAUCUUCAUCAUCACACAAGACACAACAACAACAAUCAACAACAUCAUCAUCCUCAUCUGGACUCUGACGCUCUGCAUCCAGGAGACCUGGGGACAAGUGACUGUGACUCAGAAUCCAGAAAUAAAAUCCAUCAAACAAGGAGAAACUGUUACGAUCAACUGUAAAACCAGUCAGCCGAUUUCUGGCUGUAAUGACUGUGUGUCUUGGUAUCAGCAGAAACCUGGAGAAGCUCCUAAACUCCUCAUUUAUUACAUCAGAAGACUUCAGUCAGGAACUCCAUCUAGAUUCAUUGGCAGUGGAUCAAACUAUGGAAGUGAUUUCACUCUGACCAUCAGUGGAGUCCAGACUGAAGAUACAGGAGAUUAUUACUGUAUGAGUGUGCACUACAUCAACAGUCAAUAUGUGUUCACACAGUGA